AUGGGUUAUUCUCUAUGGCUUGUUCCACCAACAAAUUCCAAAAUCAUCUCAUCUCUGAUUUCAACAAUAAAAUCGUUCAAUUGUUCAUUUGCUCCACAUGUUACUAUUGUCUCAAAAAUUCCACUUUCAACAUCCAUUGAUGAAAUAAAAGCAUCUCUUACAGCGUAUUUCAACGAACACUCGUUACCUGAAGUGCAUAUCAAAAGUUUACAUACAGGAUCAGAAUUCUUCAAACGAAUAUUUCUACGAUGUCAAAGAACUGAUUCCCUUGUUUCACUUGCUCGAUUCUCAAAACAGACAUUUGCUAACAACAAUGAAAACAUUGAUCAAUGGGUAGAAGAUUAUGAUCCUCAUAUUUCAUUGAUAUACGCUGAAGAAAAAGAUUGCGAUGAUCAAGAAUUAAUCAGUCAAAUUGAUCGUUUAGCAUUGAUUGAGAAAACAUGGCAAGGUGGAAAAAUCCAAUUGGUUGAUACAAGUGCAAAAUUAUCCGAAUGGAAGACUGUAUUAGAUUUUGAUAUUCCAAAUAGUACGUCAUCUUAA